CUCUCCAAGACUUGCUGAAUAUAUACAACCCCUCCACCAAUAUGGGGGGUUGAUGGAUAGUGUGUUCCGAAUACGUCCGAGAUAUUUCCUUCCAUUCGAUGCGUCCGAAACAGGCUAGCGGCAGCUCGGCUACAUUCAGGGGGAACCGAGGGGCUAUUGUACGCACAAACAUCUCCGCGUGCCAUUCUUAAAUUUCGACGUUCAAAGCAUUACCACGGUUACUCGGAGAUACAAUACCGUAAUCAUGGUGUUCUAUGAGCCUGGUGUCACUGUCCACAACCUGACUUUCGGCCCUCCUAUGUCAUGUUCUCUGCCAAUCAGACCGACGCCAAUUGCCGUUUCCAUGGUCGAAGAGUCCCCCAUCAGAUUUGAGUACACAUCCUACACUACUGUACGAUUGUCUAGAAACCAUCUUAUAGGCAGCGUCAUUGGCAAAAUCCUGGUAUUUCACAUCUCUGAUAAAGUUCUCACCGAUGGUAUCGUUGAUUUGAGCAAGGUUCAGCCCAUCGCUUUAUACUUGCGCUAUUGUGCGUUGCACCUUUAAAGGAAGCCUCCUGGAAAU